CCUCGCAGUUUUUCUGACAAAAAUCUAAAUCGCCGUCUACUUGACUAUUAGGGAGAUUUUUCAUAACGAGGUUCACAUUCAAAAGCGCUUGCUUUUCACUCAUGAAUUUAACAUUUGCGAACCUUGCAUUCUCAGUUGCGUUGGAAUGUCUGUAGUUUACAAAAUCUCAUACACGAGUUCAAGUUACUAGUUCACAAAACAAUACUACAGUGAACAUUACAUUUUCACGGCGGCAAGGUCAAGUAACUUUCAUGAUAAACUUUGUAAGUUUUCUAUACACAAACGCGCGCGCGCGCGCGCGCGUGUGUGUGUGUGUGUGUGUGGAUAUGCAUUUAUGUAUAAACAGAUAGAUUGGGAGAUGAAUACACACAUAUUCGUCUGUUUUCUUUUCUACGUUAUUUUGUUUAAUGUUUACGUGUACGUUCGCGGGCACGCGUAUGUGUGUUUUGUUCUUUCAGCAUGGGGAGGAAACUAAGCUGUUUCAGCCUGUUCGCUGUGAUAACGGCGUUGGUGACCUUGAACGCUCUCAGAGGCGCCCCCCUUUGGCACUUGGAGAAGAACUUCCUCGAAGUCAGCUCUCACGGCGAGGAAAACGACAUAUAUUACUCGAGCAGUUCCGAAAGAAAUGCGAAUUAUGGGGGCGAGGACGACGAUCACUGGGAGGUCAUUGAACCGACAGGAGAAGAGGAAGGAAAACUGGAAGAACGAAUGGGCGAGGGAGAAUCAGUUGAGGAAGAAACAACAAAAGGGGAAAAAGGAAAGGAAGGGAUAACAGAAGGGGAAGCAAAGGAAGGCGAAGAGACGAAGGAACACCAGCCACAGAACACGAAGAAGCAGAAGGUUAUCUUACUGUGGACUAGUUGGCGAAGUGGUUCAACUUUCUUGGGAGAAUUACUGAGGAGGGUGUCCAACAAGACGUUUUAUAGCUACGAGCCCCUCCAUAUGUACCAUAUCAACGUCUUCGACAAGAAAGAAAACGACGAUACCCUUAUACCUCCUGUGGUCCUCCUUCGAGACCUCCUGUCGUGCAACUUCGAAGCUCACUCGAACCUCGUGAAGUACCAGAAGAAGAAACGUUGGUACUUGCUCGCCAACAAGUACCUUGGGAAGACUUGCAGGAGAAGAGGACACCUCGGGAUGAAGGUAGAUUGCUCCAGCCCGCUAUACGUGGGUGGGAUGUGUCGAUCGGCAAACGUGCAUCUGAUUAAGGUCCUCCGCCUGAGCCUUCGCUGGGCAAGAACUUUCCUGGAGAAUAAAAGCCUUGAUUUCCAAAUCUUGUACCUGGCUCGCGAUCCCCGGGCUGUUUUAAGCUCACGAACUAAACUAAAGUGGUGCAACACCCCGAUGUGCAGGAACCCGAAUGUCACUUGCUCCCACUUGGCUGGGGACCUGGCAGAAGCAUCAGGUCUUCAGAGGGAAUUUCCAGAGAGAUUCAAGUUCUUACACUACGACAAAAUCUGCCAGGACAUGACCACCAGCCUGGCAGACAUAAUGAACUUCCUGGGCCUUCCUGUGCAGCAAGAACAGAUCGACCUCCUGAAGUUCAAGGAGACCUCGGACAAAAAAUUCUCAAUAUUCAAGAACAGCCUCCUCCAGGCCCAACUCUGGCGCAGCAACACGCCUUUCCAGGGGAUCGUGCAGCCCGUCCAGAAUUCCUGCGAAUCUUCUCUGGAGAAGCUGGGUCUGAGGAUCUUCCAGACGGAGAAGGAGUUACUCGAUCUCAGUGUCCCGGUGCUCGAGAGGCCCUCGAAGCUGUAGGGUGUGUGUGUGUGUGUGUGUGU